AUGAAAAAUGGUGCUGUAAAUGGCAUAUCAUGUGAUAUGAAGGCUGAUAUUCAGAAAAUAAAUUACCAGGUAUGUUGUGAAGGGAAACAGAGUCGUUUACCAUUCCAAUUAAGAAACCAUAGAAGUACACAAUUGCUAGAUUUUGUUCACUCAGAUCUGUGUGGGCCUAUGGAGGUUCGAUCGAUUGGACAGGCAAGAUAUUUUCUAUUGUUUGUUGAUGAUGCUAGCAAGAUGGCAUUUGUAUAUUUUCUAAAGGAGAAGAAUCAGACUCUACAGUAUUUCAAGGAAUUCCAAAGAAUGGUUGAGAAGCAAAAAGGAACAGGAAUAAAAACAUUGAGAACUGACAAUGGAGGGGAGUGUUGCUCAGAUAUGAUGGAAAAUUAUCUGAAAGAUAGUGGAAUCAUCCAUCAGAAGACAAACCCAUAUACUCCGGAGCAGAAUGGUGUAAGCGAGAGAUUCAACAGGACAAUUGUUGAACGUGCAAGAUGCUUAUUGUUCGAGGCCAAACUGGAUAAAAGCUUUUGGGCAGAAGCAGUCAACACGGCAGUAUACUUGAAAAAUAGAUCGCCAGCUUCAGGUUUGGACCAAAAGACACCGAUUGAAGUAUGGACAGGACAUAAACCUGACCUCAGUCAUGUCAGAAUAUUUGGGAGCCCGGUAAUGACGCAUGUUCCUAAAAAUAAAAGAUUGAAGUGGGACAAGAAAGCAGUUAAAUACAUAUUAGUGGGAUACUCGAAAAAUGUGAAAGGUAGAAUAGAUAUUGGUCUGUAA